AUGAAUUUCACUUAAAAGAAACUAUAUCUUUUUAAUUAGAUUAAUUAUUAAGGUUAGGAAUAAAAAAUUAUACAAAAUUAACAAUGUAUGGAAUCUCAAUCUUUUUUUUUUGUUAAAUUCUAGCCUUUAACUUCUACAAUAAAAGUAAUAUAUAUCAAUUCCAAUUUAAACAACAAUAAUUCCAAAUAUGUGUAUUUUUAUAGCUAAUGCAAUUAUUAAGGCACUAUUUAUUAAAUUUAACAGGGAUAGUAAUUAGACCGAUCAAACAAGAUUCCUUUUGAAAUUAAGUUCAAAUAUUAUUGUAAAAUUGAGAGACCCAUCAUAUUUUGGGGGUUAUAACAAAGCAUUUAGAUCUUCAUAGGUUUGUUUAAAUAGGUAUAAAGUAUCAUUAACCAUAAUUCAUUUUAGUUUCCUGCACAGAACACCAAAUUAAACUUAAAAACAUACGUAGUUUAUAUAUAAACUAUUUUAUAAAAAUUUCUAAUUAUCCUGUUAGAAAAAUAUGUUUGAAUUGA